AUGUUCAGAAAAUUACGGCUCCGGCAUUUAUCUAGUGUCUAUGCUAAUUAUACCACAAGGGUUGAAAUAGAUUCAUCCCUACGCGAUGGUUUCGAAACAAAAAUAUACAAACCUAGGCACCAUCCCGGCAAAACAACUAUAAAACUUGCGGCGAUUCCUCCAACAAUACAAAAGGCAAUUAUAACGAUUCUAGAAGACAACGGCGCUAAAAUGUACAUUGAACAAAGUAAACAACUAGAUAACUAUUUGAGUUCCCGUCUGCUACCGCCAGAAGAACAGGAAAUUAACGAGAAAGCAAGCAAAGUCCACCAAAGUGUCUCAAAAAGAUUCAACGCGAAAUUAAACAGAGAACUAACAAACGAAGAGAGAGUCGCUCACGAAAAGGAGAUUCAGAACGCAGUAUUCAAUAUCUUAAAGAAGAACGUUUACGCCUGGGGCAAUAUAUCUUACGAUAAACCUACGUGCUUACAGUAUUUGAUGACAAGAGCUGCGCCGGAGUACGCUAUACUUGUUCGUAUUUUGAAUGAAAUAAAACGAAAAUUACCUGACUAUAAACCAAGGAGUUUCUUUGACUUUGGCUCUGGCAUUGGUACUGGUACAUGGGCAGUAAAUCAUUAUUGGAAAGGAGAUAUAUUUGAAUACUUCACGGUGGAUACAUCACAAGAUAUGAACGAUUUAGCUAGACUGAUACUCUGUCAGGGAAAAGAUAACGUAGAGCUACCGUUCAGAGCCUAUUACCAAAGACAGUUUCUCCCAGCAUCAGCAGACGUUAAGUACAAUAUUGUAUUAUCAGCAUUCUCAUUUUUUGAACUACCAAGUAUGCAAACUAGACUAGAAACAGUACAAAAACUAUGGAAUAAAACUGAAGACUUCUUAAUCAUUGUUGAAGAAGGCACAAAUGCUGGAUUUAGAAUAGUCAAUGAGGCAAGAGAAUUUAUACUCAGUAAUACAAAUGAGAAAAAUAAAGGCUACGUCUUCUCACCUUGUUCACACGACCAAACAUGUCCUAGGUUUCUCGAGCAGAAAACGCCUUGUAAUUUCCUAAUGAAAUAUGAAACAAUGCCAUUCUCGUCCAAGACCGAAGUCUAUGCAAAUUUAUUUAGUUAUGUAAUUUUAAGGAAAGGUAAGAGACCAGAAGAUGAUCCACAGUGGCCGAGAGUGGUCAGGGCUCCGCUGGUGAGAUCAGGUCACGUAAUAUGUAGAUUGUGUACAGGUGAAGGUGAAUUGAAGGAAAUAAUAUUUUCUAAGAGUAAAUAUGAUCAGGCGACAUAUCGCUGUGCAAGAUGUAGUAUUUGGGGUGAUGAAUUGCCAGUCAAAUAA